AUGUUUCUUUUCCGGAAUUCUUUGUCAAGAUCAGUCCAUGAUGGACAUCAAGAACAUCCAGAGUUAUCCAAAACCCAAGGUGGCGAUCUGUGCACAUCGCUAACGGUGUGGAGAAAAUCACUUAUCGUUAGCUGUAAAGGAUUUACUGUGAUUGAUUCAGAUGGAAAUCUGGUUUACCGAGUUGAUACUUACAUGGGAGGACGACCCAAGGAACUCCUCCUUAUGGACGGUUCGGGGAAACCCAUCUUCACAAUGCGACGUCACAAGAAGCUUAGGCCAGUAGAUACUUGGCUUGUGUAUGGAGGGGAAGUAGGUGAAUUGUGUACAUCAGAAGAGCCGAUUUUCUACGUAAAGAAGAGCAUUAACAUUUUACAUGCCAAGCCUAAUGUGGUAGCAUAUGUUUAUCGGCGGUCGAGGGAUAAACGACAUGCGUAUACGAUUGAAGGAUUGUAUUCGCAGAGAUCAUGUAAAGUGGUGGAUGAGAAUAAGAGAGUGGUGGCGGAGAUCAGGCCGAAGGAUUCAUUGAAUGGAUGCAUUCCUUUCGGCCUAGAGGUUUUUGUGUUGAUUGUGCAGGCUGGACUUGAUCCUGGCUUCGCAAUGGCUCUGGUUCUUCUGCUGGAUCAAAUGUUUUCGUAA